UGGGUCGCGCUUUGGGCCCACGUUCCAUCAACCAAGACGGGCUCUGUGUAGGUUCUGCAUGCGUUUGGCCCUAUUUAAUGGCGUCAUGAGUUUUAAUCUCCUUUCAAGAGUUCUUGUCCUUUACGUAACAGCACAGACCUUCUUCAAGACAGGAUUUGCAAGUGUGCCUGGACUUCUUUUGAGCGAAAGUCGAGAACAUUACAGACUGAGGAGGGAAACUGGACCGUUGUCCUUCAAGGAAAGACCGUCCAAUAAGACGCUGCGUCCUGGCGAGACUGUCCUGAUUGGUUGUUCUGCACAAAAUGGCAACAUCUCCAGGCAAAACUGGUACAGGGAAGACGAACUCCUGACGCCGCCAUUUUCUGGUUCGAUUUUCGUUUUGCCAAACCACGACCUCCUGGUCGUUGGGACCGAAGGCAACAUGGGAAAAUACACGUGUGUGUUGGAAAGGGGAGAAGAAACAAUCUCCGCCGAUGUUUGGAUAACUUUAGAAACGGUGAUAGCCUUUCUCGACAAGCCCAGCAACGCGACCGUGCUGUUUGGGGAAAGUCACAUCUUCCUAUGUUCUGCUGAGGGAGCAGUUGACAUCUCCUGGACCAAAGACGACCAGCCGAACGACACGAUCAUCGACGGCGACCGAGUCCUACAGCAUCGGGGCGACCUGGUGUUUACCGCCGUGAGCCUCACCGACAGCGGUCGGUACACCUGCACGGCAAGAAGUGGAGAAGGGGACAGGAGUAUUCAGGCACAUGCCGUCUUGAACGUGGACAUCGAUGUUAACAACGUAUGCGGGAGGCCGUUUCACGCCCAUGGUCCGGACGGGUUUGUAGUAGGCGGGACGGAGGCGGACCGCGGAGCGUUCCCUUGGCAGGCCAUGCUGUGGGACAUACGACCGGCCAGGAACAGGUUUUUCUGUUCGGGGAGCCUGUUGAACGGUCGUUGGGUCAUGACGGCUGCGCACUGCAUCCGCGAAUCAAGGGUCAGGAAGGACGAAUUCAUCGUCCGACUAGGAAGGCACACAACAACCAGGGGUGUCUUCGAACAAACGGAAAGUUCCCACAUGGUGGAAGAAAUAAUCGUCCAUCCAAACUUCAAUGGAGAAACGUACGAGUCGGACAUCGCUCUGUUGAAGCUGUCUGGACCGGAAGUGACGUUUACAGAACACAUACUUCCCAUCUGCCUUCCGGAAGUCCUGGACGCCAGGAGACUCGUCCGCUCGGGACAGAUCGGGACCGUGACCGGCUGGGGAGCGAUGGAAGAUGGAGGACCUUAUUCAACAACUCUUAUGAGGGUGAGCCUUCCGGUAGUGUCCCUACAGCGGUGCCGGCGAGCGCACCCCCAGUUCGCCGAGGACAUCAGCCAGAACAUGUUCUGUGCAGGUCGUGCAUCGGGAGGCAGGGACACGUGCAAGGGAGACAGCGGAGGACCUUUCGCCUCUUAUGACAAUGGAAGGUGGGUGCUUCUGGGUAUUGUCAGCUGGGGUGACGGCUGUGUGCUGCAGGGGAAGUACGGAGUCUACACACGUGUUCACCGCUUCCGGGAAUGGAUUGUAACUCACAUAGAGAACCCAGCAGACCCAGAAGAAGAUGGUGGCAACAACAGCACGAUCCCGUGUAACAGCGCCUCCUGUCAGAACAAUGCGCAGUGCAUCCUAGCCGAUGAUAGAGAGGAUGGAUAUUACUGUAACUGCCCCUCUGGGUUUGAAGGAAGAUACUGUGAAACUAAUAUCCCAGUACAGUCUGCAGGCGGACUGGAAGAUGGGGAGAGUAGAGUGACUACGCUUGCCCCUGAAGUCAACACCACUACCGCCCAGACCGACCCGUGCGACUCUAACCCAUGUCAACAUGGCGGGGAGUGCUUCAGUAACGACGCGGGCUAUCGGUGCUUCUGUCCAGGGGACUGGCAUGGAGACAACUGCGAGAAAAGAAAGCCGUGCUUCGUGAAUCCAUGUCAGAAUGAUGGAAUAUGCGAGGAAAAUGGCGACGACUACACCUGCUCCUGCCCCGAAGGAUGGAAGGGUGAAACCUGCGAAAUCGAGAUCACAUGUCCGCGGGGAGAUGUGUUUUACCCUACUCGCGGGAGGUUUGAGAUGACCAACGGCAACAGGUACGAGUCUCGUCUCACCUACAUCUGUGACCAAGGUUACCAGAACACCGGGACCGAACAGCUCGUCUGCGGAGACGACGGCAAGUGGCAGGCGAGAGAAGGGGGGCAUGUAACGCCACCUAGAUGCGUGGAGACGUGUGGAUUGUCGACGUUUAACUACCACCCUGGAAGUGAUUGUUUGGGAUCGGACAUAACUGCACACUUCGGCGUCUCUCUCGAGUUCUGUGCAGACGCUUGCUGUGCAGAUCCGACAUGCCUGUCAUUCCAGUACAACAUCGCGUCUUUUUGUGCCUUGAAAUACAAGCACUGCUCGGAAAAGGUGAAAUCGGGCUGGUUGUUUGGAGACAUGUACGACCGGCGCGUCUCAGACGCAAACUGAACGACGUCGUGAGGGGGUCAGAAGCAUCGAGAUCUCCACCUGAUGUGGUCACAAGAAGGACGAUUGCCAGGAAUGUUGGCUUAGACCGGCAACCUUUAAAUCCUAUUCCUAGAGUAUAAGCUUACCGCUGAAGAAGAAUACGACAAAUUUGUGCCAUUUUCGACAACUGGAAUUAUGGAUGAGUAUGGUUUACUUGAGUCGUCAUCGGUAAACACGCAUUAGAUUAAAUAGAGGUACUAAAUAUAUCUGCGUACUCUUAACAAGCCAUAAAACCUUGUGUGCUUUUCUUAAUCCUUCUUUGCUUGCCGAUUAGUUGGCACAAAAGGUAUGGAUGAAUUACACUGAAGUAAAUGUCGUCUUAUUUUAAGACAAAAUACACAACAUUUACUGUACGACCUUGAAGUGCCUUGUUAUUAUCUUCAACAAUUUGUCCGAUAAAAUAUCUAUAGAACGCAUCUAUUGGGCUACUGGAUUGCUAUGGUACUUAGACCGGCUAUCCCUCUCCAGCAUGACGUCUAAAUAAUGGAAUGCGCGUUGGUUCCCUUGUCGGAG